CGAACUUACCUUUCUCUCUCCAUCUUCUCUGUCCCUUUCUCUCUUUUUCUCUCAGAGGAGCGAGCGACACCCCAGCGGCAUCUCGCCGGAAUCUCGCUCCUCCGUCACAUGCCAUGAUCGCCGGCCGGGAGAGCCACCCACUUCCGACACGACCACCACCAGCACCUAUCGCUCUUUGUCUUUUUCUCUUUUGAUAAAUAAAAAAAAAAGCUAACAAAAGGAAAAUAUUCUCUCUCUCUCUCCAUUUCUGAAAGUUUCAUAGCUUGCAAUGCAGGGAAAAGGGGAGAGAGGGUAUCGAAGCUUGGUAGGCAGCUGGCUACAAGGCACAUAUUCUGAGAUCCCUUUCUCUUCCCCCAUGCCUUCUCUCCUAAUUCAUUCUCUUUUCUCUUCUUCUUAAAUGCCUCCUCCUCCUUCUCCUUAUCCUCCCCAAUCAUUGUAAAAUUGCCCAGCUUUUGGAAUGAGCGAGGUUCGCUGUAGGUUUAUGAUCCUUCAAAAGAAGGUUUGUCAUCUAUGAAGCUUAGACGGAUCCAACAGUGAAAAACUCCCGAGUGUUUUUUUUUUCUUUCUUUCUAGCGGUUUAGACAUUUGGGUUUUCCAGUUGCACAAUGCCAUUUGAAGUCAUGGACCCGAGGGGUGUAUCUGCAUCGUCCCCCUUGUUUGACGACAUCUGUUUUCCUGCUGAGAGACAAGUUGGAUUUUGGAAGCCCAAAAUCAUGUCUGAUCACCAUGAAGGAGAUGGAGUAGCACGAAUACCUGGCAGCAAGUCGGUUACUUCAUCGCCCUUGGAAAAACUUUUACCAGUUGGAUCAAAGUCAGUGGAGUACUCGGAAGGACCAGAGUCCUAUCUGGCUAGAGACCAGAAAGAAAAACUGCAGGUAAACAGAGAAGAGGGAACUGCUAAUUUGUCUAGGACUCCAUGGAGAACUGUGGAUCACAAUUCAAAAACAUGGUACGUGCAGCCUGCUUCCUCUUACGUGGAAGUAAAAAAGACUAGUAUCAAUGGAGCCCUAUAUGAGAGCAGUCUCUUUUCAAGCUCAUUGUCUGAAAUAUUUAAUAGGAAGUUGAGAGUAUCGACCAGUGAUGUUCUAUCUCAUCAGUCUGCUGGCACUGUUGCUCCUCACUCUGAGGAAGAGAAGCUCUUUAAAUCCCUUGAAGAAAUUGAGGUUCAAACCCUUGGAAAUCUCCUUCCUGAUGAAGAUGAGCUAUUUUCGGGAGUGGUUGAUGACAUGGGGUAUAAUGCUCAUGCAAAUAAUGGUGAUGAUUUUGAAGAUUUUGAUCUGUUUAGCAGUGGUGGAGGCAUGGAACUAGAAGGGGAUGAUCAUUUGUGUAUCAGCCAAAGACAUUCUGAUUUGAAUGGGGGAAUUCCCAACAGUCAAGGAGGUUCUAAUGGCUCACUUGCAAGUGAACACCCUUAUGGUGAACACCCUUCCAGAACACUUUUUGUGCGAAAUAUCAACAGCAAUGUUGAAGAUUCAGAAUUAAGGGAUCUUUUUGAGCAAUAUGGAGACAUCCGAACACUUUACACAGCUUGCAAGCAUCGCGGGUUUGUUAUGAUUUCUUAUUAUGAUAUAAGGGCAGCCAGAAAUGCAAUGAGAGCCCUUCAGAAUAAGCCACUGAGACGGAGGAAACUUGAUAUUCAUUAUUCAAUUCCAAAGGACAAUCCUUCGGAGAAAGAUAUCAACCAGGGUACCCUUGUGGUAUUUAACCUUGAUUCAUCUGUUUCCAAUGAUGAUCUUCGUCAAAUUUUUGGCAUUUAUGGAGAAAUUAAGGAAAUCCGGGAAACUCCACACAAGCGGCAUCACAAAUUCAUUGAAUUUUUUGAUGUUAGAGCUGCAGAAGCUGCUCUUUGUGCAUUGAACAGGAGUGAUAUUGCUGGGAAACGGAUCAAGCUUGAACCAAGCCGUCCAGGGGGUUCAAGACGGUGUUUGAUGCAACUGUGCUCUUCUGAACUGGAGCAAGAUGAAUCCAUUUUGUGUCAAAGCCCUGAUGACAACUUAUCAUCUGGUUGCAUGGCAGCGGUUUCUCCUGGAAUAAAGACAUCUAGCUGCAUGGAUAAUGUAUCUAUCCAGGACUUGCAUUCUGCAGUUCGAAUGCCUAUUGGUUCAUUUGUUGAAAAUGCCACUUCCCAUGGGAGUUCUAGUGUUCCAAACACCUUGUCGGUACCGAUGAGAGUGGUAUCCAUCAGCAAUGAAUUUGGUCUUGGUGAAACCAGCAACACAUUGGAUCAGAUGAAGUUUGGCAACCAAAGUUUUCCUAAUUACCAUCCUCAUUCCCUCCCUGAGUAUCAUGAUAAUUUAGCCAAUGCUAUUAGAUACAACUCUUCUAGCACAAUUGGGGACAUGACUGGUCAUGUUGGUCCGAGAAUAACAGAGGGAAUUGACAACAGGCACAUCCACAGAGUGGGUUCAAAUGGGCACCCGAUUGAACUUAAUGGAGGGGCUUUUGGCUCAUCUGGAAAUGGGAGUUGCCCUGUUCAUGGACUUCAUCGUGCAUGGGGAAACUCCAGCUCGUAUCAGCAUCAUUCUUCGAGUCCCAUGAUCUGGCCAAAUUCUCCAUCAUUUAGUAAUGGUGUUCAUGCUCAACGGCCCACACAAGUACCCGGAUUUCCUAGACCUCCACCUCAUAUGCUGAACAUUGUUUCACCUGUGCACCACCAUCAUGUUGGAUCAGCACCAGCUGUUAAUCCCUCCCUUUGGGAUAGACGGCAUGCCUACAGUGGAGAAUCUCCUGAAACUUCUGGUUUUCACUUGGGUUCUCUUGGGAGUGUGGGUUUUCCAGGAAGUUCUCCAUUGCAUCCCUUGGAAAUGGCUUCUCAUCUUUCCCAUGUUGGUGGAAAUUGCAUGGACAUAUCUGCAAAUGUCGGGCUGCGCUCUCCUCAGCAGAUUUGCCAUGUAUUCCCUGGAAGGAAUCCAAUGCUUUCAAUUUCCUCUUCUUUUGAUUUGCCUAUGGAGCGUGUGAGAAACCUCUCACACCGUAGAACUGAAGCCAAUUCCAACCAUACUGAUAAGAAACAGUAUGAGCUUGACAUUGAUCGUAUAUUACGUGGGGAAGACUGCCGAACGACACUGAUGAUAAAGAACAUUCCCAACAAGUAUACUUCAAAAAUGCUUCUUGCUGCAAUUGAUGAACAUCAUCGAGGAACUUAUGAUUUUAUUUAUUUGCCAAUUGACUUCAAAAACAAAUGCAAUGUGGGCUAUGCUUUUGUCAACAUGAUUGAUCCUCUUCAUAUUGUUCCAUUCCAUCAGGCAUUCAAUGGUAAAAAGUGGGAGAAGUUCAACAGUGAGAAGGUGGCAUCUCUUGCAUAUGCUCGAAUUCAAGGAAAAACUGCUCUUAUUGCUCAUUUCCAAAACUCAAGCUUGAUGAAUGAGGAUAAACGUUGCCGCCCUAUUCUAUUUCAUACUGAUGGUCCAAAUGCAGGUGAUCAGGAGCCAUUCCCCAUGGGUAGCAAUAUACGAUCAAGACCAGGCAAAGCUCGAACUAGUGGGGGUGAGGAGAGUCAGCAUCAAGGGAGCCCAACAACUUCUGCAAAUGGAGAGGAAUCUUCCAAUGGAGCAGUCACUUUGUUGGGUUCUGCCAAGGACUCAGAUUAAGCAAACUGCUUUCCAGAGCACUAACUGUAAGACCCUAUAUCAACUACAAAAAUCAUAUCAUAUCCAUCCCAGUUCUGUAUUUCUGGGGUGGCCUGACGGAAUAGUUUUCACUAUAGAGAUGCCCCAUUAAAAAUUUUGGUGACCAGAAUGCAUCACCAAAAUCGAAGGGAGUUUACCUCACAGUUUUCUUCGGUUAUGUAAAAAUUUGUAUUGGGUUUGAUCACGAGUACAGUGACUGGCUUAACAGAGGCUCAGGAUUUUGGGUUGUUGUGAGUAAUAUACAAUGUACAGGAGUUUCUGAGGGAGGUAAGAUUCAGGGGGCCUUCUCGGCCUUCAAUUUUUUUUUUUUUUUCCCAAUCACAACAAUUCUCUGUAAUUCCUUCUUUUCUGGGAAAGUUUUCGAGUCCUUGGUGGGGUUUCUGUUUUUGGCCCGGGCAGGGGGUGUGAUUACUUGAAAGAGGGGAGAGGGAGACAUUACACAGCACAGACAAAUGUUCUGGUUGUGGAAAUUUUGGAAGUGCUCUUGCUUACUGUUAAAUGAAUACCCUUUUUUGUUGGUAUUACCAUAGUUCCCUGCCAGUUCUUGAAUCUUUGAAGCUACUUAAUUGUGUUGUUAUAUAACUAUUAUUAUAUUUGCCUC